GUCGUAAUUUCCGGCCUUACCCUGUACCAAUCCGUUCUGCACUUGUCUCCCCACGGUGACGGCGUUCCAGCGGUUCCGUCAGCACCAGAAGGACCUCUUGAGGUGUCCAUCACGGGAAAAUCAUGCAGACUAUCAUGGAGUGCUCCUUUGGAUGACGGUCAUUCCGAGCUUAUUGGCUAUAGCAUAGAAAAAUAUGACGAAAAACUAAGGAAAUGGAUGUUCAUAGCCAGAUGCACUGAAAAUGUUCACACAUUGGAUCGUCUUCCUCCCGGCUCUUCUCACUGCUUCCGAGUGUCGGCUGAAAAUGCUGUUGGACGUGGGCCAUCUAUUGAGUCAGAAAAAGUGAAAACAUCUGAAGAGACAACGCUUCGAAUGGAAAAACCCACAGCGAUCUCGUCAGCUGGCUCGAUAAUUGCAAUGUGGAAACCGUUGGCAGACGAUGACGUCAACUACAUCGUCGAAAUUAAAGAGGUUUUGCUCUUUGGAGCCACUUGUGACAAUUGA